AUGCCACCCAGCUCAGGAGAACUAUGGGGCCUACAUUUGAUGCCGUCGCAGGUCGACGUGGAUUGUUUUCUCCCUACUGGAAUUCUUGUGCCACUAAGGUGCAACCGUAAUGCUACCUUAGAAAGUAUAAAAACAGACCUCUGGGCCGAGGCUAAAAAAUUCCCAUUCCAUACAAAACUCCUUAAUCCAACAUGUUAUAUUUUUGUGAGCAUUACUCAAGAGGCUGAACGGGAAGAAUUCUUUGAUGAAACCCGAAGACUUUGUGAUCUGAGACUUUUCCUGCCUUGGCUGAAAGUUGUUGAACCUGAGGGUAACAGAGAUGAGAAAAAGUUAAAUUAUGAAAUAGGUAUGGCAGUUGGAAUUUCAAUAAAUGAUUUCAAUGAAAUGAAAGAACUUGAAGUGAUGACAUUCCGUCGUAACAUUCUGGAAGUGUGUAAAGAAGUGGUUGCCUGUCGUGAUGACCCUGGUGGUCACAAUCGGGCAUUGUACACCUACCCUCCAGAAGUUGAAUCGUCCAGUAUACCACCCAGUCAUGUUCAAAGCAAAUUAAAUAAAGAAUCUGACCAUGUGAUAGUGUGUAUUUGGGUUUUGUCUGACAACGACGACCGUCAAAAGUAUUCAGUGAAGGUCCCUCACACAGCCACUCCUCAGCUGGUUAUAGCCGAGGCCAUUCGCAGACGUACACGCAGUAUGAAACUUACUGCUGACCAACAACAAAUGUGCAUUAGACAAUUCAGUAACAUCUAUGUCCUUAAAGUAUGUGGCUGUAACCAAUACUUGUUAGAGGAACACCCACUUAGUCAAUAUAAAUACAUUCGUGAAUGCAUAGCAAGAGAAAAAAUCCCACAACUAAUGUUACAAGCAAAAGAAGCCGUUUAUACAGCAAUACCUGAAAAUAUAUUCCGAAUGCCAACAUAUGUACAGAAGGGUGUCCAGGCUUUGAGAGAUAUUGACAAACAAGAAACUAUCCCAAUUUGGACCAUCAACACCAAACUUCGAAUUAAAAUCAACAGUGCAGCAUAUGUCAAUGUUAAAUUUUGA